AUGGAACUUCACGGCCAGCUGUCAAUUUAUGAUGCCGUCGAGAUUGUGAUCGCAAUUUGCAUAAUUGUAUUUGAUCUGUAUCUUAUUGCCAAGAUCAGCUCCAACAAGCGCAGCGUCCCGGUCUUUGUGGUGCUGAAAAUAUUUAUUAUUAGCGAUGUUUUUGAUCAAUUCGGACGAUUACCGCACGACUACCUGGCCGAAUGGUUUGAGGAGGAAGUGUUUCGUAAGUGGGCUGAAAGCCUCAUCCACUUCUCAUCCCUAGCCUUCCCGGUUCGCUACCGUAACCUCAAAAGCGUGCAUAUCCUUGGAGUUAUAUUAGUGCUAUGUAUAUUACCGACAGUUUAUACAAUCGUUCAAUUCACUGCCUGUUGUGGAUUUAUUUUUCACAUUCCUUAUUUUUAUUGGGAUUUCGACGAGACGAAAGAUUCGUAUAUGGCCAUGCAAAUUAGCACCUGGGUUUUGCAGGGAAUUGCGGCCGCUUCUUUGAUCCUCGCGGAUCUUUAUCUAAUCUACAAACUACGGGUGGCUAGACAAACCAAAACUCUGGAUCGUCAAAACGUACCAGUCGCGUCGGCGCCGACGAUUACUGCCAAUUUAUCCGGAGAAAUGUCGGUGACGCGAGCUGGCAGUCAAGUCAAUAUUAUUAACCCGCAAGCGGCCAGGAGCCGGAGGACGCGCUUCACCCCGGAAACCAAAUUGGCAUUUGCUUUCAUAUAUUUUAGCGUCGGAUUUGGGCUGGCAAAUGUUUCAUUUUAUGUGCUGAUCAACAAAGUCGGCUUCAUCAUCUCCUUGUGUCAAUGGAUCUCGACCAUCGUAGAAUAUACCAAAUAUAUUGGCUAUUUGUCGUCGAUUCGCACAAAGCUU